AUGGCCAAGAAACCUGUUGCUGUGAUGAGAGAUCAUCCUGACAUUUCCAGAAAGGGGAUUGAAGUUGAGAUGCUAAAUUAUGGUGUUCAUCCUAGCAAACAACAAGUGUACAGGGCAAGAGAAAAGGCUAGGGAAGAAAUUGAGGGUACACAUGCAGCUUCAUAUAGUAAGAUGCCAAAAUAUGCUGUUCUUCUAAGGCAGAGCAAUCCUGGUAGCAUAUGCAAAAUUCAUUAUGAUAGGCCCAAUUUACUUGUCGAGCCAAGAUUUUUGGGAUUGUUUAUAAGUUUCAAAGGUCAGAAAGAUGAUUUCUUCACUGGUUGUAGACCUUUUAUUGGUUUUGAUGGUUGUCACUUGAAAGGUAGUUUAAGUGGAGUAUUACUAACUGUUGUGGCAUUGGAUGCAAAUAACUCAAUUUUUCCUAUUGCAUUUGUUGUGGCUGAAUUUGAAAACAAAGAAACCUGGAGCUGGUUCUUCUACUUUUUUCAAGAAUUCUUUGGACCAUUUGAUAAUAGUGUUCCUUUAACAUUCAUGAGUGAUAGACAAAAGGGAUUGAAUCUUGCUUAUGAAGAGAUGAUUCCAUUAGCUACUGGACGGUAUUGUUGCAAACAUAUUUGCAACAACUUCACGUUUCAAUUUCCUGGACUAUUACUGGACAGUUUGUUCUGGAAAGUUUCUAAGAGCUAUGAUGCAAUAGGCUACAAUGAAGCAAUGGCCUCCAUUAAAGACAUGAAUGUAGAAGCAUAG